AUGCGCUCUAUCGUUAAACUUGAUGAAGAGCUCGCAGCUGACCUACGCCAUAGCGAGAUCGAGGGCGCCGACAAGCAAAAGUACAUGCUUCCACAGCACACGGGCAAGGGGAAGCCCUCACCUUUUCCUCGUUAUGCAAACAAGGGUACCGGACCCAAUAAUAAGCUCACGUAUGGCCAGUUCCAGGCUCGCGUCGAAGGGCUUGAAUGGGCUAAAAUGCUGCCCGAGGACAAAGCCAAGUAUGAGCAGCUGAAAGCACCGUGGUCAGACGUCGACGGAAAGACACCGACCACUUAUCAGUGCGCUGAUCAGCUCAUGGAAAUGGGCCUGAAUAAGCAGCUGAAAGUGACUGAAUUCGACACGACGCUGGACAACAAACGGUUCUCAGCCGACUACAAGCCCAAGAGAGGAGGAAACCCGUCUUUGUACAACAAAGACGACCCCUUCAACUCGGCCUACUCGUACUUUUCGGAGCGCGUCGAGAAGCAAUUUCAAGACUUCCGCAGCAAGGACGAUCCCAAAUUCAAAGCCGUCAUAGAGAAGAACAAUAAAUUGGGCAAGGAGCUUCUUGAGAGUAUUACCACUCUCCGCGCCGAAGACAAGCUCAACCAUAUGUACAAGCAGUUGCAGGAUGGCGUGGCCGAUGAGAAGCGCAAAGGCCUCGGCAUACCCAAAGAAAAAAUCGUCGUGGAGAGCAACGCGCCUUCAAAGGUGCAAAAUGGCAAACCUUACCAAAAUAUCAACAUCGCACAAACAAUGGCCAACGCCUGGGCCGACACCAAGACACGCGAAGAACUGCAGGCUAAAGGCUUUAAAAACGCGGAUGACCUUGCAAACUGGGCCAAUGACUUGGGAAACCCCGACAAAACGCAACCUCAGGACUGGUCUGAACUAAACAAGAGCCACUUUCGAUCAGCAAAGACUUGGAACUCUGGGCUGGUGAAGUCGAAGAUGACCGUCGCAGAGUUGAGCAAGUGUGUUUGA